AUGUCCGACUACAAGAAGCAGGUCACCGCGCAGGCGGAUACCGCGACCACGUCGGAUCCGUCGCUGCCCAAAGAUGCCUCUGUGGCGGUCGUGCGCAACCCGUCGGCCACCGAGUCUGCUCUCGCGGACCAGAUCGACCAGGAGAAGAAGGGUUUCUUGGCAUUCUUCAAGACCAAGGAGUUCUAUAUUAUCUUGGCUCUCGGACAAUUGCUCGCCAUUGCCAAUACUUCGACAAGUACCUUCACCACUCUCCUCGGUACUGAGGGUUGGGCGAUCCCUACCUUCCAGACACUGCUGAAUUAUGCGCUUCUCAACGUCAUUUUCACCCCUUACACAAUGUACCGUUACGGCCUCAAGGGCUGGCUCCGUUUGGUGUGGCGUGACGGCUGGAAAUACAUCAUCCUUGCUUUUUGCGAUGUAGAGGGUAACUAUUUUAUUGUGCUGGCAUAUCAAUACACUACUAUGCUGAGCGCGCAACUGAUCAACUUCUGGGCCAUUGUUGUCGUCGUGGUAAUCUCGUUCCUUUUCCUCCGCGUGCGCUACCACAUCACCCAGAUUGCCGGUAUCGUCAUCUGUAUCGGCGGUAUGGGUGUUCUCAUUGCCUCGGAUCAUAUCACAGGUACCAAUGGUGGCGACAUCUCCAGCGGCAACCAGCUGAAGGGAGACUUGUUCGCACUGUUGGGUGCGUCUUUCUACGGUCUGACCAACACUGCCGAAGAGUACUUCGUGAGUACCCGCCCCGUCUAUGAAGUGCUGGGACAACUUUCCUUCUACGCAUGCAUCAUCGACGGUGUCCAGUCUUCCAUCUUCGAACGCAGCAACUACGUCACUUCCACCUGGGACGGCAAGGUCGGCGGCUACCUGGUUGGCUUCACACUGUGCCUGACUCUUUUCUACUGCCUGGCCCCGCUGCUUUUCCGUCUCUCGUCUGCUGCCUUCUUCAACGUCUCCAUGCUCACCAUGAACUUUUGGGGUGUCUGCAUCGGCGUGAAGGUGUUCCACUACAGCAUCCACUGGAUGUACCCCAUUGCGUUCGUCCUGAUCAUCGUGGGUCAGCUCAUCUACUACUUGGGCCAAAGAGCGCUGGCAGAGGCCCGGAAACCUUGGCUAGGCCAAAAUCAAGAGCGUGGAGUGGCGGGUCUGUUCACCGCGAAGCAGCGCAUUGAGCAUGCCGCUCCGGUCGGUACAGAUCCCCGCGAUCACGAUCCUGAGCGUCGGCCUUCUGCCAAUGAUAGCACUGUCUAG